AUGUCCAACUCGUCAUUAAAACCAUCGACCAUUGCCGUCAUUAGCGCCGGUACCAUCGUCACCGGCCUCCUCGCAUAUGCCGCCUACUUCGACUACAAGCGGCGAAAUGACCCAGGCUUCCGCAAGCAGCUCAAGAAGGAGUCGAAGCGCACAGAGCGACAGGCCAAGGAGGAGGCCGAGGCACAGGGCGCCGAGCAGAAAAAGGCCGUCCGAGAGGCGGUAGAGCGCGCAAACGAAGAGGGCUUCCCCAAGGACCCAGAGGAGGUGGAGGCGUACUUUAUGCAGGAGGUGGCGCAGGGUGAGGGAAUGGUGCAGAAAGGUGCCGACAACGUCGAGGCCGCCCUAUGCUUCUAUCGCGCAUUGAAGGUCUACCCGAACCCGAGAGAACUCAUCAGCAUCUACGACAAGACGGUCCCCAAGCCCGUCCUGGACAUCCUCGCCGAGAUGAUCGCAGUGGAUACCUCGAUCCCGGUUGGCGGUAGCAAGACGCCCUCUGAGGCCGGCUCCGCAGGCGACCUCGAGUAAAUCUUGUUCGACCAUAGCACUUCGAUGAAUUCAGCAAGCUUUCAUGGACCCCUCUCCAUCUCA